GGUUUCGUGAUCCGAUACGAGCUGGCUGGUCCCAGUUGGAAAGAACGGGAAAAGCUGGAGGGCAGUUGGCCAACGACUGCGUUCGGACGCGGUCCUUUCGCAUUCGCAAUAGGGACAUACUUGGGCCGGUGGUGUCAAGGUCAAACGACAGCUUCGUAUCGAAGCGGUCGUAAGCGACGAUACCUCGAAAUAGGCGUGUUACAUCAGUUAGAUCGUUGUCCACCGCAUGCAAGUACGGACGUAUUGAGGUCAAACGCAGUAUAGACCUGAACGAUGUUUACCUGUCGAAAGUAAAUCAACGCAGAUUACCAACGGAAGUAGUGCCCAACAGUUAUCACGUAGAGCUUCAACCUUUCAUCGGAAAUGACAAAUUCAGCGGUCGAGUCAGAAUCCACGUCACUUGGACAGAUAUCAGUGACACGAUCAUUUUAAAUGCUCAUCCGGACCUGGCGAUCACCAAGUACAAUGUUAAGAUCAUCCAGGCAUCGUUUGAAGAAAGGGAGAAAGGUUUGCCGCUGAUGGAUGUAAACGUUGCGAGGGUCAGCCGUCGUAAUCAAUGGCAAUCGAGCUACGCAAUUUAUCUCGAACAGAUGUUGAAGAACGGUAGCAGCUGCGAGAUAGAUCUCACUUUUACCGGAAAUCUGACCACCGACGAGACCAGCGGUCUGUUCAAACAUGAGUAUUCCGACUCCAGUGGAAAGAAACAUUCCUUCGUAGCUACCAACCUCAGAUUGGACAAUGCACAAACUGUCUUCCCUUGCAUGGACGAGCCUCCUUACAAAGCGACCUUCAAACUGAGCGUCUUACGCCCAAAGAACAUGACUGCCCUUUCGAACACUCCGUUAAAAAGUACCACAGAAUCAACCGAGGACCCGAAUUUGGUUUGGGGUCAUUUUGAGAAGACACCGCAAAUAUCGACGUACCAAUUAGCUUUGAUAGUGUCGGAUUUCCAGAGCAUCUCUCCCACGCAGGAAGUCAAUGAAAUGGAUGGAAGAAAGCUCAAGGUCAACGUGUGGGGACGAAAAGAGUACUUGGAUUCUUUGUCAGACGUUCCUGACAAGGUUGUCAGGAUUAUAAAUUACUUACAGGACUACUUCAACAGCUCGAUUGUUUUACCGAAACUCGAUUUGGUAGCAGUGCCCUCGUACGGUGCUACCAAAGCAUCGGACAGUUGGGGCCUGAUGUUCUUCAAAGAAAGUGAACUGAGCAGCCCAUCUAUCUGGAACACAGCCUACGAAUUGAUCUACCAAUGGAUCGGUCAAUACAUCACACCAUUCCGCUGGAGCGAUGCACCUGUUAACAAAGCGCUCAAUUCAUUCUUAGCUUCGAUGACGACGGUCAAUCUCAAUCCAGACGAAAUGGAAGGGAAAUGGCCAAUGACUAUGUUAUAUUCACUUUAUUACGAAUUUGGGAAGUUCGAACCUUUCUCAAGGGUCGGUGGUAUCAGAAACGAAGCUACAUCGGCGAAAAAAAUCAACGAACAUUUUUCGCAGAUGACAUUUACAGCCGAUUGAACGAUGUCGCGGCUGAACUGUACAUUUUACCGAACGGCUUGACAGUCAACUCUAUCGCGGGCCCAUGGACUAAUCGUGAUAGAGUACCAUUGGUCACUGUCAUUCGCGAAUAUGAAACUCAAACAAUUAUGCUUAGCCAAAAAGUCUACCUCAGGGAAGCUGCACGAGCCUCCGCCCCUAAAGUUUCUUAUGAAUGGGAUAUACCGAUAGUGAUGAUGUCCCAAGAAACAUUGGAAUUUGAAGCACCUUGUCACCUAUGGUUGACAAAAGGAAUUAAAACGAAUAAUUUGACAGAUAUGGCUAACGAAAAUCAGUUUAUCAUUGUCAAUCCGGAGGAAAUAGGUAUGUUCCCGGUAAACUACGACUCCUGCAACUGGAAAAUGUUAUCGCAAUAUUUACAAGGACCAGACCGAGAAAAGAUUCCCGUUUUAACCAGAGCAAAACUCCUUCACGAUUCUUGGAAUUUAGCAUAUUCCGGAGAAUUAUGCUUCGGAAUUGCAUUAAAUAUGACUCUGUUUUUAAAAGAAGAAAGAAGUCACGUCGUAUGGGAACCAGUCUUUAUGAUGAUCGAUCACAUCGGUAGACGUAUCGAAGGUUCCGAUGUGUACCCGAAAUUUGAGGCAUAUAUACGCACCUUGUUGAAACCUCUAUACGAAGAACUUAAUAAAACUAUGGAACAGAACGAACCAUCUUGGAAAACUCACAUGCGAGGAAUGGCGAAAACUUUCCUUUGUCGUGCUGGAUAUGAACCAUGUGUUAACGAAGCAAGGGAUCAGUACAAAAAGUGGUUGACGGAUAAGGAACCAGAUAAAGGAAAUCCAGUAGCCAAUGAAUUUAUUUGUCCAGUAUUUAAAUGGGGUUCUGAAGAAGAAUGGGAAUUUGGACUUCAACGUGUUAUAAAUUUCCCUCAAAACAGUCCAGAAAGGAAACAAAAUGAACGCACAUAUCUUUUGAAAUCCUUAGCUGGUUGUCCAAAAGACACAUAUAAAAUUGAAAGGUUGUUAAAUGUAACAAUUCUCGAUCAAAAUGGAAACUUUACUGAUUCAGAUAUCCAACUAAUUUUUGUUACAUUAAGUGGUGGAGCAACUGGUUACACAACUCUCCUCAACUUUUUAACUGAUAACUGGGAUACAGUGAAACAGAGAUUUGAAGAUAAAAAACACCUUUGGUACCGCAUAAUAGAAUCUGCAACUUCUUCAUUUAUCUGUCAAAAGGGUUUAGAUUUAGUUCACAAAUUGUAUGAAAGCCAUUCAGAAGAAUUUCCACCUGAUCUUAUGAAUGAAAAAACUUCCAAAACAGAAAUAAAAGAAUGGAACGAAAAGAAUCUUCCAGUAAUUGAUGCUUGGCUUAUGGAAAAUUUGCCAAAAGAGGAACUGAAAAUUAUUCAAGCUUAUGCAGUUACUACUACAACUCCCCUUUCGGUUGAACUUGAAUUUUGAAUUAUAAAAAAUUAUUAACAAUUUAGAAAUAUGAAAAAGAAUUUUAAAUUUCUGGAGUGUUUACAACCUAUAUUUUAAACCAAUGACACACUGCUUGGUUUAGACAUACAAAUAAUACCAGAACUUCUAACAAUAAAAUGAAAGAUUAUUAUAUACUAAAUAUAAAUUAUGUAAAGUUAUUAAGAAAAGUUAUUAGAUGCAAUUUGGAUUUAAUAAUAAUUUGUUGUUAUAAUUUAUAUUUUCUUUAUUUAUUAAAGGUACAAAGCUUUUACCUAUGUAUAAUUGCUAUUAUAUAUAUAAUUUAAAUUUGAAUAAACAAUACAAUUAUGUACAUUGUAAAUUUAUCAAGAUCUGAUAAAAUUUACAAAUAAUUUUUAUCUAAGAAAAGAACUUCAUUUAUAUCAUCUUGAUUAUUGCUUAAUCGAAUAAAACUUUAACAAUAACAUAAUAAGAAUCUUAAUUUUAAUUUCCGAUUUAAUAAUAAAAAAAUCGAAAUUUCUAUAC